AUGUCAUCACUGGUGAAAAAGGCAAAGGAUACCUAUGAUUUGUUGAUCAAAAUUUUACUCAUUGGAAAUUCUGGAGUUGGAAAAACACAAAUUUUGUUGAGAUAUACAGAAAAUCAAUUUAAAUCUUCAUUUCUGAGUACGAUUGGAAUCGAUUUCAAAAUCAAAAAAAUACAAGUAGAUGAGAAAGUCGUCAAGAUGUAAAUUUGGGACACUGCAGGAUAAGAACGCUAUUAAACUAUCACUUAAACAUAUUACAAGGGAGCUAUGGGUAUUAUACUUGUUUUUGCAGUGAAUGACAAAGAAACCUUUAAUGAUAUUGACAAAUGGAUGAACCAAAUUAAAUAACAUGCAAGUGACAAUAUCAUUAAAGUAUUAAUAGGAAACAAAACAGAUCUUCCAGAUAGAUGCAUCUCUUAUGAAUAAGCCCUUUAGAUGGCUUAAAAAUACAACAUACCUUACUUUGAAACUAGUGCAAAGGAAGGAACUAACAUUAAUGAUACCUUUUAAUAAAUUGCAAAAACAAUUAAAGAAUAACUUGAAAAACUUCCUUAACAAUAAAAUGGUUCUUUCAACAAGCUAAGCUCAACUCCAAAUCAGGAUUAAUAAAAACAGGAUGACUCAAUGUGUUGUUGA